AUGGCGGCAUCUCGGUGGCCUACACUUGAGGUACAGGUGCUCUUACUAGUGGUGGUGGUGGCGGUUGCAGUGGCGAGGGUGAAUGGUAAUGGUUCAAUAGCGACUGCGGCGGUGCAAGAGAUGGUUGAUGAUCCAGGAUCAGCGUCGAAGAGUUGGGGUCGAGCUGCCAAGGAAGCCACCGAUUGGGGGAAGGAUAUGAUUGUGCAGGCCCUCCGGUUGAACCGCUCGGGUUGUUGGGUUGGUGGCGAUGCUCCUCAGGCCACACAAGAUAAGGGAGAGCUAAGGUCCAACAUUCCUAGAGAGGCAACAUCAAGGGCAUAUGAAACCCCCGAGGAAGCCUCCAUUAGAGCAAAGCGAAAUUGCCAACAAUCAAUGAAAUCAUGUGAAACUAAGGAUGUUCCGGUUGAGAAGGCUCCUCCUGUGACACAAUUUGCCGCUGUUGAGACAUCUAAACAUGCCAAGCUAUGGGGUGAUAAGAUGGGUGAGACAAUUCGACGUAUAAAGGAUAAAGCUAAAUCUGCAGCUAACAAGGCUAUGUUAAUGAAAAAUGCUGCUUUUGGGAAUUUAGAAAGCCAAGAAGUAAAGGGUAAGAUAACCCAAGAGAAUGUUGUGGAAGACCUAGGUAAAGAUCAAGAAGAAAUGGCUGACCAAAAGGCCGAGGAGGAAAAGGAGAAAGUGAGCCAAAAUGCUCGAAAUGCCAAGAAAAUGAAGGGUAACAAAAGGAGGAAGAAGGUGAUAGAUGAACGGAAGGUGAACGAAGAUUCGAAUGAGCUUUAAUUUAGAUCGAUUAUGGAUGAUAUUGUGAAGGAGAAGGCUACAGAUGGGCAUGAUAUAGUACUAAGGAGAGGGUCUUGGACUCUUGGGGAUGUCUAUGAUGAGAAUUAUAGUUGACUUUUUAAGUAAAAAAAGUUGACUUGGUUUGGUUUUGGAAGUUUUUAUUUUAUUAUUGUUGAUAGUUAAAACAUGUUUUUGGGAUGUAUUUAAGUGAUUAGAUGAUAGAGCAGGGAUAGAUGUAAUAUAUAAUAAGUUCGUAAUUACUCC